CUGCUGAAAAUGAAGAUGCAGCACCUGGAAAACAAAAUGAAGAAAAAACCUAUAAAAAGAUCAGCUGGUGGGAACAAGCAAGGCAGAGGUGGGACUGCCUCCCCCGGCAGGACUCGGGAAAGCAGGCGCUCAGGAGACAGUCAGUGAGGAGUGCAGAGCGGCACGCGGCCCCAGAGCUCUCCUUCCUGCAGCAGAGCAUGUGAUGCAUCCGUGCUUCCCAUCAUGGCCUGCCACUGGGUUUUAGAAAAUGAGCAGCUAGGAGCUGAACUUCAUCAUUUAGAGAUGACUCAACAAUCCCACCAGAUGGGGCAGCGUGUGUCAUUAUAUAUAUAUAUAUUUGCCAUCUCCCCAGCUCCUCGCAGAUCAGGCUGUCAAUCCCUCAGCAUCGGCAGAGUGUCACCAGCACACUGACUUGUCUUCUGAGUGGUGCAUGAUUACAAAUCUGCCUUUAUCAGUUUUAAGUAAAAUGUUACAUAUCAUUAAGCAAAAACAAUCAGCAGCUUCAGAUAGAAACCACUGAGGAAGCCAGACCUCCCAUCAGUCUGUGUCUCUGAAUGCCCCAUUGUUCGGUGACCUCCUUCUGCCUUCACUCUGCAGAGAGCGUCUGUAUGACUGCAUCAUCUGCUAUUAAAGGUGCUAUUCAGCUGGGAAUAGGAUACACAGUGGGGAAUCUCACUUCCAAGCCGGAACGCGAUGUUCUUAUGCAAGACUUUUAUGUGGUGGAAAGUGUGUUCCUACCCAGUGAAGGGAGCAAUCUGACCCCAGCACAUCACUACCCAGACUUCAGAUUUAAGACAUAUGCUCCACUGGCAUUCCGGUACUUCAGAGAACUUUUUGGUAUCAAGCCUGAUGAUUACUUGUAUUCCAUCUGCAGUGAGCCGCUCAUAGAGCUGUCCAACCCUGGAGCCAGUGGGUCCUUGUUUUUUGUGACCAGUGAUGAUGAGUUUAUCAUCAAAACCGUUCAGCAUAAAGAAGCGGAAUUCCUCCAGAAGCUGCUGCCAGGGUAUUACAUGAAUUUGAACCAGAAUCCCAGGACUCUUUUGCCCAAGUUUUAUGGCCUGUAUUGCAUGCAGUCGGGGGGCAUCAACAUCAGGAUUGUGGUGAUGAACAACGUCUUGCCGCGCUCCAUGCGAAUGCACUUCACCUACGACUUGAAAGGCUCCACCUAUAAGCGGAGAGCAUCCCGGAAGGAGAGGGAAAAGUCCAACCCCACGUUUAAAGACUUAGAUUUCCUCCAAGACAUGCAUGAAGGGUUGUAUUUUGAUACAGAAACGUACAAUGCGCUCAUGAAAACACUCCAGAGAGACUGCCGGGUGCUAGAAAGCUUCAAGAUCAUGGACUACAGCCUUUUGCUGGGAAUCCACAUUUUAGAACAUUCACUCAAAGACAAAGAAGAAGAGUCCUCACAAAACGUGCCUGAUGCGAAGCGGCCUGGGAUCCAGAAAGUCCUCUAUUCCACGGCCAUGGAAUCCAUCCAGGGCCCAGGGAAGUCUGGAGACGGGAUCAUUGCAGAGAAUGCAGACACAAUGGGAGGCAUUCCAGCUAAAAGCCAUAAGGGAGAAAAAUUGCUUUUAUUUAUGGGCAUUAUUGACAUUCUACAAUCAUAUAGGUUAAUGAAGAAGUUAGAGCAUUCCUGGAAAGCUCUUGUGUAUGAUGGGGACACUGUUUCAGUUCAUAGACCAAGUUUUUAUGCAGACAGAUUUCUAAAGUUUAUGAAUUCCAGAGUUUUCAAGAAAAUUCAAGCUUUGAAAGCCUCGCCUUCUAAGAAAUGGUGCAAUUCCAUCACUGCCUUAAAGGCAACUUCGCAGGAGAUUGUGUCCUCGGUUAGCCAGGAUUGGAAGGAUGAGAAGCACGAUUUGUUGACCGAAGGACAAAGUUUUAGCAGCCUCGAUGAAGAAGCUCUGGGAUCCCGACACAGGCCAGACCUGGUCCCUAGCACUCCAUCACUGUUUGAAGCCGCUUCCUUGGCAACCACUAUUUCGUCUUCUUCCUUAUAUGUCAGUGAACAUUGCCCACAAGACAGGACUACGCUUUAUUCAAACAGUAAAGGGCUGCCUCCAAGUUCGACCUUCACCCUGGAAGAGGGGACCAUCUACUUGACGGCUGAGCCAAGCACCGUGGAAGCGCAGGACGACAACGCCUCCGUGCUUGAUGUCUACUUAUAAAUGAAAAUGGUAACCACCUAAGUGCUGGAUGGGUCCUGGGCGCAGCUGUGGGAGUGAAGUCUACUCCGCCUUCUCCAAGGAACAGGGCUGAGGCCCUGCGCCAUGCAGUAAAAAUCAACUGGUCUUAGAAGUUUGAGAAAAGUCAGGGAAGCCUUGGUCCAUAAACCGACCAGCGGAGGGGAUGUGAAAAAUGCCGCACUAUUCCGUCACUUGCCGUUGCCUGCUGACUGAAGAACUGCAUGAACUCUAUUUAAGCCGCUUUCCGUACCGCUGCCAAUCACUCUUUUGGACUUGGGAGUGCUCUUUUCCCUUGGACUCUGACAUUGUUUCAUUUUGCAUGCAUCCAGUGAUUCUACAGACAUAAUUUACUUAGAUAUUUUUUUAAAAAUCCAUCCAUGCAAAAUGAUGAUAAAGUAUGAAUUCUGCUCUUUUUGCCAAAUUACAGUCUUAUCCCAUGUCAUUAAAAGUUUAAAUUGGUUUUCUUUAAAGAUCAGUGUACUCGGUCUGCCUAUACUUUAUAGAAAAUUAGCUUCUAUAAAGAUUUUUUCACUGUUUACUAGUGAAAUGAGAAACGCAAAUCUAUUUAUAAAAGGCCUUAUGUCAUGUAUAUACAUUGUCUUUGAAAUACCUGUGAUUAGUUUAUUGCUUGUAAAAGAAAUUAUAUAAUUUAUUUAGUAAAUACUACUGUAAACUAUAGUUUUAUUGAAAGAAAUAAAAUAUUUUGUUCUCA